CCGCCGCAAGGAGUACGAGAAGCUCGCCAUCUUCGGGGGCGUCCGCGCCAGGCGCGGGGCGGAGCUGAAGGUCCUCAGCGCAGUGGAGACGAAGGUGCCAGGCUACUUCGCGAAGAUCAGGGACGAGGUAAUCGACCGCGACAGGAACAAGGACAAGUCCGGCACCUGGGGCACCGACACGAUGACCUUCCAGGACGACGAGCUGUCAUACGCCCUCGGCAAGCAAGGCGGCACGCGCAAGAAGCUUGAGCGCUCCUCCGGCGCCAUCGUGCAGUACGUCGGGCAUACGGCGCUCUUCUCGGGCACAAAGCCCGAGCGCCGGCGCGCCAAGGAGUACAUGAAGUGGCUGUUCGAGCAGCUCGAGGGGCCGGUUUACGUGGAGGGCUGGGAGAAGCGUGACGACGUCACCGUGGUGGACGUUCCUUCGGACUGCAUCGGCUACAUCACGGGCAAUCGCCGCGCGGCCAUGGGGGCCAUGGAGGAGGAGUGGGGCGUCCUGAUGUUCUUCAUGAACAAGCCUGGGGAGGGCAAGGGCAAGAGCAGGGGCGGCAGCGAGAUGCUCAUCAUCUGCGGGGCCGAGCGCCCCCGCCGUGGCGCCGAGCUCAAGGUGAUGAGCAGCGUCGAGACGAAGAACCCCGGCACCUUCACGAAGGGGAUCCGCGAGAAGAAGUCGAACGAGAAGGGCUUCGACACCGACCGCAUGAUCUUCCGCGACGACGAGCUCAGCUACGCGCUUGGCAAGGAGGGCGCCACCCGCAAGAAGCUCGGGGGCUCCUCUGGGGCCGUGCUGCAGUACGUGGGCCACGUCGCCUUUAUCGCCGGCGACCUGAAGACGCGGCGGCGCUGCCGGGAGUUCAUCGACUGGCUGCUGCAGCAGCGGAAGGGCUCCGUCACCAUCGCCGACGUUUCGCAGCGGGAGGACACCACCGAGGUGCAUGUCCCCGAGAAUUGCAAGGGCUGGGUGACCGGCAAUCGCGGCUCGGAGCUUCGUCGCAUGGAGCAGGAGACGGGCACCUUCAUGUUCAUGGCGCUGGACGGGAGGGGCAUGGAGCGGCUUCUCAUCUUCUGCCACGACCCUGGCACCAAGACGAGCCCGCAUGGCCGCAUGGCCGCCGAGCGCUUGGUCAACGAGAUGAUCCAGGAGAAGCUGCGCGACGAUGGCGACGGCGGCCGCGGCCGCUCGGACAGCCGCCGGCGCUCCCCCUCGCGCCGCCGCUCCUCGUCGCGCAGGCGCUCGCCCUCGCGCCGCGGGCGCGGGCGCUCCGACUCGCGCUCGCGCUCGCGCGGGCGCCGCUGAGCGGGGGCGAUGAGCGGGGCGGCGAGUAUGGGCAACGAGGGCUCGGGGGGCA